GACGUCACAGCAGCGUCCUCUGAAGUGCCCGUCAGUGACGUCACGUUGAAUGUUCAGAUCAACAACUAUGAAGCUUCUUCCUCUCGUGUGUCUCUGCGUCGUGACUCGGUCUGGAAUAACGUUUGCUGAUGAAAACGGUGGAGUGGUGGUGAAAGAAGACAGUGAUGCUGUGUUACCGUGUUCCCUCAGCACCAAGGAGAACAUCGAGACGAAGCUGUUUGACUGGAAGAAAGACGAUCACAAGGAGGUGUUCAUGUACGACGGAGGAGAUUAUUACGCUCACGGCCUUUCAGGUCAAGACAAACAGUUUGAAGGUCGAGUCUCACAUUUUAACGACGAGCUGAAGAACGGUAACGCCUCCAUAAAGAUCAGGAAGACCAAGGUGGCCGACAGUGGAAACUACACCUGUUUUUUUCCUCGUCUGCAGCCGAGUCAAAUGUUCCACAUUGAGCUGGUUGUUGGUGCUAUCUUAAAGGACAGAACACCUGAAAAAAUCCAAGGUGCUGCUCCAGAGCCGUAUGUCACCAUACUCGAUGAAUCAAAGGACUGGUCUCUGCUGCAGUGUUUAGUCAGAGGAGCUUCUCCUCGACCUAAAGUGGAGUGGAGGGACAGUUCUGGAAACAUCCUUCAUGCUAAAGAAGCACAGGUCACAGAAAGAGGAGGCAGCUACGACAUCAUCCUCCAAACCACUGUGACCAAGACCGACCACUACAGCUGUGUGGUCACACAGGACCAGAUCAAACACCACACUGAGGCAGAGACCUACGUUCACAUCAACGGAGCAGCUUCAGAGCCGCACGUCACCAACCUUCAUCAAACCAAGGACCAGGCCCUGCUGCAGUGUUUAGUUAAAGGAGCUUCUCCUCGACCUAAAGUGGAGUGGAGGGACAGUUCUGGAAACAUCCUUCAUGCUAAAGAAGCACAGGUCACAGAAAGAGGAGGCAGCUACGACAUCAUCCUCCAAACCACUGUGACCAAGACCGACCACUACAGCUGUGUGGUCACACAGGACCAGAUCAAACACCACACUGAGGCAGAGACCUACGUUCACAUCAACGGGGAGGAGGGUCAGGGUCUCCACCUCACCUGUACACAAAGAAACAACAACUUCCCACUUACCUGAACCCUAAUCCUAACCAUCCAUCUCCACAUCGUCCUCUUCCCUGCUUUUUAUUCUUAAGCUCACCCACAAUCCUAAAGCUAACCGUGAACCCAGCAGCCUCCCUAAACCUGACCGCUUCCUUCUCUUCAACACAACCAAAUGAAUCUGUUUACUUUGAAUCUACCAUGACAUCUUUUAAUGUUCUUCUCUUUUACACUUUUAGCUCUUUUUAGGCUUUUAUGAUCUGCUUUCUCUCCCGCCUACUUAGAGGGGAUUUCAAGAGGAGGACCCCCUCCUACCAAUUAAAGAAAUACUGACCAGGGCCUGUGCCAUCUUUGGACCACAAGCUGCUCAGACCUAAGUCCCCUAACCUAUAUACAAACU